UAUUCGUCUAUGGCUGUAUUUAUUUUGCAAUACAAAUUCGAAAAUAAUUUAAAUUGAGUCCCGUAUUAUGUAUUAGGUGCUCAUUUAUUAAAUGUUAAAACAAUGACGGAAGUGCAGUUGCAAGAAUUCAAGUUGGAGCCAGACUCUGAACUUCGUUUCGAAGUCGAAUCUAAAAACGAAAAAGUAGUUUUGGAGGUGAAGAGUGGAUAUGCUGAGUUAUUUGGAACAGAGCUUGUCAAAGGAAAACCGUAUGAAUUCCAUACGGGUGCUAAAGUUGCUGUGUUCACGUGGCACGGCUGCACGGUGGAGCUACGAGGACGCACGGAAGUUAGCUAUAUCGCUAAGGAAACGCCUAUGGUAGUAUACCUCAAUGUACACGCAGCAUUGGAACAACAGAGGGUUGCAGCGGAACAGGAGAACACAAGAGGCCCUGUGACCAUGGUGGUUGGCCCUGGAGAUGUAGGCAAAUCAACAUUGACUAGAAUACUGCUCAACUACGCUGUGAGGAUGGCCAGACGGCCAAUAUAUGUUGAUUUGGAUGUUGGCCAGGGGCAUAUCAGUGUACCAGGGACUGUAGGUGCAUUGCUGGUGGAAAGGCCUGCGUCCAUAGAGGAAGGCUUUAGUCAGCAAGCACCUCUGGUGUACCACUAUGGACACAAGAGCCCCGGUGACAACCUGGAACUCUACAACACUAUAGUGUCACGAUUAGCAGAGGUCAUUGCUGAGCGAUGCGAAAAUAAUAAAAAAGCAUCGACAUCGGGUGUGAUAAUCAACACAUGCGGCUGGGUCAAGGGAGCUGGUUACAAAGUUUUGACGCAUGCAGCACAAGCGUUUGAGGUGGAUGUGAUAUUAGUGUUAGACAAUGAAAGACUAUACAAUGAACUGAAGAGGGACAUGCCAAAGUUUGUCAAAGUUGUAUACCUGCCCAAAAGUGGAGGGGUUGUAGAGAGAUCGUCUGGUCAGCGUGCGGAGGCGAGGGAUGCGAGAAUCAGGGAAUACUUCUACGGGAAGCGGACCCCAUACUAUCCACACUCGUUUGACGUCAAGUUCUCAGAUUUGAAGAUUUAUAAGGUGGGAGCCCCAUCGCUGCCGGAUUCUUGCAUGCCACUGGGAAUGCGCGCGGAAGACGCUCUAACGAAACUGGUGAACGUAUGGCCGUCGGGCGCUUUGGCGCACCGCGUUCUGUCAGUGUCAUUCGCGAGUGGGCCCGACGACCACGUGCUACAUUGCAACCUCGCGGGAUUUGUGUGCGUUACUGCAGUGGACAUGGAACGUCAAACCCUCACCAUCUUAUCGCCGCAGCCGCGCCCUCUGCCCAACACCGUGCUACUACUGUCAGAACUACAAUACAUGGACAACCACUAGACAAUCCAAAGUUAACAUAAUAAGUUCCGGAUUUACCCUCAAUUACUGAAAUAAAGGGUCCCAUUCCACGUUGAACUGCCUGCGUGGUAUUCAGGAUUUUGCAUUGUAGUCCAAAGCACAGCCUCUUACAUACGCAGAAACUUAACAUUUACCUUCCUUUCCAGCAUUUGAGAUGACAUUGACUGAAGAAAACUCGCAUAGCUAAUAUAGUGAGAAUGUUUAAUCGAGACGCGACGGGAAUUCCCCUAGCAAGACAAACGAACUGCGCAUGUUACAAGAGCUACUUGAAUGCGUUGCAUAAUUAAAAUCGAUACAUAAUUAUGUGGCGUAAUAGUGAAACAAGAUUUUUUGUAAUAGAAACUCAACGGGGAUUCCCCUAUAAGAGAGAAUACGCAGAUUAGCAAAAAUACUCAGAUGCGUUCCAAAAUUAAAAUAUGAGCAAUAGGUAAUAUGACGUGCUUGUCCAGCGCAUUUGUGAAACAAUUUUUUAAAUAUCGAUCCAACGGGAUUCUGUAAGACAAUUCGCAUGGAUUAAAAAAUUAACUUGGUGUGCGUUGCUAAAUUUAAAUAUGUGCUAGGUAUAGAUAAAACGACAUGCUGCUUAGGUUUUUCUUAAGCCAUGAGCCAAGGUAUUUAAUGCUCAAAUUGACCGUAAAUUCGAAGGUAAAUUGAAUCCAGUUUUCAAGUACAAGUUUCUCAUUUCUUUCAUUUAUAAUGAUUUUAGACUUUUAACCUAGGCAAAAAAGUAAUGAUACCUGCAAAAGUCCUUGGUUCGAGUCCGUUUAAAUUUAGGAAACAAUCUUUGUUAAAUAGCAGGGAGAUAGGAAAUUUAAAAAAAAAGUAGUUUUAAAAAAUAUUGUACUGUUUACAUAAUUAUUUUGACCACUGUGUGUUUGUCAAAGCCUUGUUUACCCCCUGCAUAGUAAAAAUAAAACCAAUAAAAAUGUAAAUAUGAUAAGAUUUACGUAUUUUUUUGUAAAUAAAA